AUGGUGUUAAUAACGGUGGAAGAAGGUGAAGCUUCAAAGGUUCAAGAGAAUGGAGUGGCUGGAGGAGUUGGACUUGACGAGUUUAGGACCAAUGAAGCAGCUAUGGAAAGACCUGUCAUGUCCAUCACUAAGGCUGACGAAGAUGCGGAUGAAUGUGAGGUAUCAGGAGAGGACGAUGAUGCGGAGAUUGAAGUUGACUACACACGCAACUAUUGGGAGGAUGAGGACGAUAUCUACCAAGAGUUUGAGGAGCUGGACUUUGAGGCCCUGCCGGAUCGCUCGGAUACGCGGAGCAUUGCCUCGGACGAUUCCUUCUAUCCCCCAGACAAUUCAGUCGCCUCUCACACAUACCGCUCACCAAGCCCUGACAGCCCCGAGCCCAUCUCCUUCUUCAAGGCCUGCUGCAACAACAACGCCAUCAUCGUCAAGAUUAUGAUCAGACAAGGAGUGACCGAAGAGGAAGUGAGGGAGACAGAUAGGAACAGAAGAUCUGGUCUGAUUGUGGCGUGUUACCAUGGUUACAUGGACGUGGUCAUGGCCCUCGCUCAGUGCCCGUAUCUGGAUGUCAACUGGCAGGAUAAUGAGGGAAACACUGCUCUCAUUACUGCAGCACAAGCAGGUCAUGUGAUCAUCUCCAACUAUCUGCUGAACUACUUCCCUGGGCUGGACAUUGAAAGGAGGAACUGUCAUGGUUUCACAGCUUUGAUGAAGGCUGCCAUGCAGGGCCGGGCUGACUGUGUCAGGGCUCUCAUGCUGGCUGGAGGUGACAUUCAGGCACGGGACAACGGCCGCCAUAUGACACCCAGGGAGUGGGCUCUCUUCACUGGUCGAUACGAGACGGCCAACCUAAUGUAUCGACUGAUGCUAAAGCCCUGUGCUGAGCAGUUCUGUGACUCCUUCUCCCUGGAGUGGCCCAUGUUGGAGGAGCUGGUGAACCAGGCCCGAGAACCAAAGUCUUGCUGGAGGCGUUUGAUCAACCUUCUGUGCUGCUGCCCUUACAGGUUUUACAUCAACAGUAAGGUGAACCCUGUGGAUGAUGGUGUUCUUGACCACAUGGUACGGAUCACGACCAGUAUCUCCAGCCCGCUCAUUGCCACAGCUUGCCGCACCGUGUGCCCAGGCAGCCCACCGUGCAUCGGGAAGCGUCGUCAUGCAGUACAGGAGAUACUGAGGAGGCAAAGACUGGCCGACCUGAAGCGUCUGGGCCCGGACAGACUGAACAACUACAAGAGAUUUUUCCAGAACUCUCGGGUCCAGCUCAUCCCCAAAGCAAGAGAUCGGAGGGCUAGCCUCCAGCCUCAGCUGCUCAGAGACGUGGCUGCAGCGUCCACGGUGGCCAUGAGACGAGCCAGUCUCCUGCCACUCAAUAUGCUGAGGAGAAGCAGUGUGAGGCCGGGCAUCGUGGUGCCCAAAGUGAGGCUCUGCAAAGCCCCGGCUCCGAGCUUUGUACCAGAAAAGCUCAGGCAAAGCAAGAGCCACAACCAGCUUCAGCUACCCAAAUGGGAUUACAAGAUGAAGAGAAUAGAGAAGAGACGGGAGGAGGAGAGGCAAAGACUGUUUCCUGUGUCAAGGAGGAGGUGA